AUGUCAUCAAACAGACAUCGAUCAAUCGAACGACCACGCAUCUCCACCCAUCAUAUCCCACAAAGCCAACAACCAAUCUCAGCCUAUGGCACCCGCAAUUCGAAAGAUUUUCGCUUCGAGACAGCUGAGAUGAUCGACAAUACCAAUUAUACCCUCCACCAUGCCACCGAAUUGCUGCGCUUGAACGUUGGUGGUGUCCACUACACGACGUUAUAUGAGACGGUGGCCCGUGUCCAUUCCAGCUUUUUCGGUCACUAUCUCAAGAUCGACUCGCGGAGUGGGAAGGUUGUUCGUUUCAAUGCUCAUAUUAUUGACGACGGAAGUGGGGCGAUCUUUCUGAAUCGUGAUGGAAAACUGUUCGCUUACGUUUUGCAAUACAUGAGAGAUGGUCGUCAAGCCGUUUUGCCGCGAGAUGAGAGCCUUUUGAGACAAAUUCAGCGAGAAGCGCAAUACUACUGCCUGGAAGGAUUGCGCCAAUUGGUCGCAGAUACGCUCCAGGAUUUCCAUAACGAUACGCACAGCAAUGAGACGCUGGACAACAUUUACGCACAGGUUAAACAAAUCUCUCACUCCCUGGCCUUCACGACGUUCAACAAUAGAAGU